CGCUCGCAAGGUGAAUCGCCGCGGCGGCAGCCGGGGCAGCGGGCUCGGCUCGGGCGCUGCCGCCCGCGUCCGGAGUGGCUCCUCCAAGGGCCGUGGAGGAGGAUCCCUCGGCCGCCCCCGGCUUCCCUUCACCCGGAGUGCUUGGAUGCUGUAUGGAGUAAAUGAGCGGAGGGAGCGAGAGAGCACAGAGGCUGAGAGGCGCUCGGAGAUCGGGACCAGGGGAGACAGGCGAGCGGCUAGCUUCCCCCUGCGGGGCUGAACAUGGAUUCCCGAGCCCUCGGGGGCUUCACUUUGCUGCUCUUCAGUUUAUGGCAUCUGGGAUUAACUGCAAUAAAUUAUAAUUGUGAUGAUGCACUGGUAUCUCCCUUACCUUCAACAGCCCUUACCAGUUCCUCUGAGCUCUUCAGUACCCACAGUCCCAGCUUUGCAAAGCUCAACAGGCGAGAUGGAGCUGGUGGCUGGUCCCCUCUGGAGUCAAACGAGCAGCAGUGGCUGCAGGUUGAUCUUGGGGACAGAGUGGAGAUUGUUGCAGUCGCGACCCAGGGUCGGUACGGGAGCUCAGACUGGGUAACCAGUUACACACUGAUGUUCAGCGACACCGGACGCAACUGGAAACAGUACAGACAAGAUGAUACCAUCUGGGUUUUCACAGGGAACAGCAAUGCUGACAGUGUGGUUCACCACAAGCUGCUGCACUCCUUGAAAACUCGCUUCCUGCGCUUCGUCCCUCUGAAGUGGAAUGUCGGAGGGCGGAUAGGGCUGAGAGUUGAGGCCUUCGGCUGCUCCUAUAAGUCAGACAUUGCAGACUUUGAUGGCAGAAGUUCACUUCUCUACAGGUUUAAUCAGAAGCUUAUGAGCACAUUCAAAGAUGUGGUUUCCUUGAAGUUCAAGAGCAUGCAGGGGGAUGGAGUCUUAUUCCAUGGAGAAGGACAGCGGGGAGACUACAUUACCUUGGAACUGCAGAAAGGGAAGCUCUCCUUGCACAUCAACCUGGGGGACUCCAACCUGCACUUCAGUAGCAGCCACACAUCUGUCACCCUGGGCAGCCUCCUGGAUGACCAGCACUGGCAUUCGGUUCUCAUAGAACGCUUCAACAAGCAAGUGAACUUCACGGUGGACAAACACACCCAACAUUUCCGAACGAAGGGGGAUUCAGAUCACUUGGAUAUUGAUUAUGAGCUCAGUUUUGGAGGUAUUCCUGUACCGGGGAAACCAGGAACCUUUCAAAGGAAAAAUUUCCACGGAUGCAUUGAGAACCUUUAUUACAAUGGAGUCAACAUAAUUGACCUGGCAAAAAGGCGCAAACCUCAAAUCUAUACUGUGGGUAAUGUGACCUUUUCUUGCUCGGAACCACAAAUUGUUCCCAUCACCUUUGUGAGCACCAGUCGAAGCUACUUGCUACUACCUGGCACUCCUCAAAUUGAUGGUUUGUCAGUCAGCUUCCAGUUUCGGACAUGGAACAAAGAUGGCUUACUUCUGUUCACUGAAUUGUCUGAAAAUUCUGGACCGCUCUUGGUUUACCUCCAUGGUGGGAGAUUGACAUUACUUAUUCAGAAAGAGACUGAGAACCCAGUGGAAAUCAGUGAAGGUGCCAAUCUCCACGACGGGCUUUGGCAUUCUGUUAACAUCAAUGCCAGAAGACAUCGCAUUACUCUGACACUGGAUAACAAUGCUGCCACUGCCAGCCAUGCAACCACUGUCUCAAGGAUCUACUCUGGGAACAGCUACUAUUUUGGAGGGUGCCCUGACAAUUUCACUGAUUCCCAGUGUUUAAAUCCCAUUACUGCUUUUCAAGGCUGUAUGAGGCUCAUCUUUAUUGAUAACCAGCCCAAGGACCUCAUUUUAGUUCAGCAAGGCUCCCUGGGGAAUUUUAGUGAUUUACACAUUGAUCUGUGUGGCAUCAAAGACAGAUGUUUACCCAACUACUGUGAACAUGGAGGUAAAUGCUCUCAGUCCUGGAGCACCUUUUACUGUGAUUGUGGUGAUACGGGCUACACGGGAGCGACUUGUCACAACUCUAUCUAUGAACAUUCCUGUGAGGCUUACCGACACCAAGGGAAGACAUCAGGCUUCUUCUACAUCGAUUCUGAUGGAAGUGGACCACUUGGACCACUCCGUGUUUUUUGCAAUAUCACAGAAGAUAAGAUCUGGACUGCAGUGCAGCACAACAGCACAGGGCUAACCAGAGUCCAAGGAGCUGACCGGGAGAAGCCGUACACCAUGUCCUUCAACUACAACAGCAGCGCGGAGCAGCUGGAAGCCGUGAUAAGCAGUGCAGAGUACUGUGAGCAGGAGGCAACCUACCACUGCAAAAAGUCACGUCUCCUGAACACCCCGAGUAAGUGCCAUGGUCCCUGA